AUGGAGACUUUCGAAACCUCCUCCCAGGAAGCUCUGUCAGAACACCAUGAGGCGAACUUGCCACCAGUCGAUGGAGGAAAGCGAGCAUGGCUCUUCCUGGCUGCAUGCUUCGUCAUUGAAGCCUUGAUUUGGGGUUUCACUUUUUCCUUUGGAAUUUUUCAGGAUUACUACAGCACCCACGAGCCAUUUAAGAGCUCGGGUGAUAUUGCCAUUGUUGGCACAUGUGCGAUGGGUAUUUCAUACAUGUUACUCCCAGUCGCUUUCAUUCUACUGCAAACAAUGCCCCGUCUCAAGCUUUGGGCUGCCCCAGUUGGCUUUAUCAUCAUGUGUCUAGCUUUAUCAUUAAGCUCCUUUGCGAGAAACACCACAGAUCUCAUCGUGUCUCAGGGUGUUGCGUACGGUGUCGGUGCAAGUCUUGCAUACGCCCCGACAAUCAUCUUCAUGGACGAAUGGUUCGUCCGUCGCAAGGGAUUGGCGUUUGGAAUUAUGUGGGCUGGUACCGGUUUAUCGGGCGUCAUUCUCCCCGUUGUCUUGCAGUGGAUGCUGGAUACAUUCGGCCACAAAACAGCGCUGCGCGCUUGGUCUAUCGUCCUACUUGUUCUUGGAGCUCCACUUCUGACUUACCUUCGACCUCGUCUUCCAAUCUCGCGUGCAUCGCAGCCCCGGAAACUGGAUUUCCGCUUCCUGUGGGAUGCUACAUUCCUCAUCUACGAAUCUGGAAAUAUCAUGGAAGCCAUGGGCUAUUUCCUCCCAACUAUUUAUCUACCCACUUACGCUAAGAGCCUUGGAGCGAGCGGUAUUGAGUCCACUCUUACCGUCAUGGUGUUCAACCUUGCCUCCGUUUUUGGAUGUGUUAUUAUGGGCUCGUUGGUUGACCGCUACCAUGCCACGACUUGCAUCUUGGCUUCGACGGUUGGCAGUACCGUUGCAGUCUUUCUGAUCUGGGGGUUGGCCGAUACCUUGGCACCCUUGUACAUUUUCUGUAUCUUUUACGGACUGUUCGCUGGGUCUUUUACCUCUACCUGGCCGGCCGUUGUUAAUGAGGUGACAAAGCGGAGUAUUUACACCGAUCCCAGUCUUAUUUUUGGACUUCUCUCGACUGGGCGCGGUAUUGGAAAUAUUGUCAGUGGGCCCCUCAGUGGAGCUUUGCUUGAUCAGAAUUCCUGGACUGGUGUUGCUGGGAAGGCCUAUGGCACUGGAUAUGGGCCGUUGAUCGUUUUCACUGGGGUUUCUGCCUUUCUGGGUGGUUUGGGCGUUAUGGCGAGAAUCGCAGUACGCUCAUGA